CUGGAGGAAUAUGUCACAUUACUUAGAGUGACAGGAAGCAUUAUUAUAUCUCUCCCGAAAACGCCAACCUCACCGUUAAACUCCCCAGCAUCUUAUGACGCUAGGAAGUCAAAAGUGUCUGUCGUCAAGGAGACAAGAGGACUUCCUGACAUAAGGGAGAAAAAAAAUAUGGUGGAUAUUUCCAAACCCCUUCCUACUUCCCUUCAGAAUGAGUUCAUCCCUGAGGAAGUUCUGCUUUCUCUGACCUAUUCAAUCAGUGCUGGCCCUUGUCCAGAAAAUUUACUGCCUCCUACGAAAGUUAAAACCCCUAAGGGUACCCUUCCACGUGCUGUAGACCAUGUCUGGCAGCAUCCUAUUCAAAGGAAUAAAUUCAAAUACUUGAUUGACCAUCCUGUCUCCCUAACAGGAGCUGCAAGGGAUAUUUCUUUUCUGUAUGAUGUUAAAUAUGUAAGAGGAGAGACUAGAGAGAAUGCAGUUUGUCCCCCGCAUUUGGACCGUGCAUUACAAUCCAAAGAUGAUCACAAGAAACAUGAUGGUGUCCUCGUGCCUCAUAAGAUGGAUGAGUUGCAUACAUCUAUGACCCAGUGGAUGGCAAAUUUGCUGAUUAUAAUGAUUCCUGACUUUACUGACCAUUACACUCUCCCAAAGUUGGAAGAGGAAAGUGCUGACGACCAUGAUAUGGGAAUUGCACAGUUUGAACUAGAUGCAGUUGUACUGGCGAAAAAGUUCAUCCAAGAUACCACCUAUUUGAGCAGUUGUUGCAAAGGGAUGGUAACCGCAAUAGCUCUGAAUAAAGAAGCUUAUUCAGAAAAAAAUCCUGCUAAGGAACUUCACGAACUGGAUAAGAUGAAGAAAGAAUGUUAUGAAUGGAUCAACACAUGCUCUCACCUCCUUUCUGAGCUCAAAGACAAAAAAAUGAAAUUCCUGACACAUGAAGUAAAAGAGAAACUACUUGAAGAAGAGGACAUUAUAAAAGAAUUAACUGAGCCUAAAAUAGAAAAGCCUGUUCAAGAGGAUGAAGGAGAAAAUAAGGAGGAUGAGAAACUUCAGAAGGAAGAGGAAGAAGAGAAACCAGAAGAGGAACCUUCAACAUCUACAGAGAAGGAAAAAGUCAUUAGAUUCAUUGGAGAAGAUGAAAAUGUUCAUUCCAAACCUCUACUUGAAGCAGAUGCAUUGUCUUCCUGGAGAGAAUCAGCUAACCAAGGUACAUUGGCCCCAAAAUAUCUUGAAGCAAUGGCUGUAAUUGAACACAUGCAAGUGAAGUUAAUGGAGGUUGAAAGCAGAGCCAGAAGGGCGGAGGAGAGGUUUGAGGAUGUAAAUGAAAAGUUUCACUAUAUUCUCAUAAGAAAUAAAGACCUGGAGAAGGAACUGGAGGAAAUAGUCAUUAAGCCAAGACAAGAGUUGGAAAAAGGAGAGGAAAAUGAGGAAGAAAAAGUAGAGGAAGAAGAAGAAGAAAAAGAGGAGGAGGAAGAAGAAGUCAGGCCAGUAGAAAGUAUCAUACAAUCUCAAAAGAAAGAGGUACCACGCAAUGUUAAAUCCAAAACCCAGACUAAAUCCAGUAAUAAGCCCAAGCCCAAGUAGCAUCCAUAGAGCACAGGGUUUCACAGUGGCUGCGUCCCCUGAGCACACCAGACACCGCUGAGCUGUGCAGAUGACAACAUGCCUCAUGGAGGAUUCCUGUUGCAACAGCUGCCAGAAAAGCCAUGGUGAGGAUGAUAUUGUUCUCCCCAUUUCUCAGAAGAAUGAAACUGAGGCCCUGAUGGUGAGAAGACUUUCUGAAGUUACAGAGCAGAUUGGUGUCCAAGUCCCCAGCUCAUCAGGCUCCUGUCUAGACUGUUUAGCAAAGGCAAAGAGAUUCCUUUUUAAAUGAAAGCACUGCUUAUCCCAUUGAUGAUGCACAUUUUAAAACUCAAUACCCUACUCCUUAUGUGGUUUGUUAACAGACUGCCUUCUGUGCGUCAUGAGGCUACUAGAAGAAAGAUGGCAGAGAGAUCAACUACAGAUGCAAAGCAGUGGUCUAAGAAAGUGAUGGUGGUGAGAAUCUGAUCCAAGGAUUUGGCAGUAGGAGUGACCUGGAUUCAGAAACUAUUUCCGAGGGAGAAAAAUCAACAGAGUCUAGUGAUAUCAGGGAAUUAUAGAAUGAGGGCCAUGAGGAGAUAGAGGACUUGAGAAAGAUGGAGACUUAGACCUUAGUAGGCUAACCAGUUGGGCAUAACUGCAGCUUCUCUGCCAGACCCACUUCUCUAACUACACCAACCCCAAGCAACUUAUGUUCCCACACACUUUUCCUGGAGAUGGAGGUGUUGGCUUGUCAGAUAACAUGGCAAGAUACAACUUGGUAAGAUACAACUUACUUUUCUCACAUAGAAAUAUUCACUCCACAGGGGCAAUGCUUAUUUCUAAAACUGUAGAGGCAGGACAUGCUGUAUGCCCUCAAAGAAUUUAAGAGUCUACUAGGGAGAGACAUAUGUAAAUAGGUGUGAUCAUGCUGUGACAGGAUCUCUAUCAUAAUUUCUCAACCUGUGCACUAUGGACAUUUUGGACCAGAUGGUUCUUUGGUGUGGGGGUAGUUAUGUGGGACAGGUAGGCUUUCCUAUACAUUCAUUGUAGGAUCUUUAGCAGCAUCCAUGGAUGCUACCUAGUAGAUGCCUAUAGCACCUCACUACAAGAUUAAUGACCACCAAAACUGUCUCCAGACAUAGCCAAUUGUCCUGUAGGGUCAAAAUUGCCCCUGGCUGAAAACCACUCAUCUAAUGUGGGAGGCCAGAGAACUGAAGCCUAAUUGGCCUCCUUUGUGAGCACAAAGCAGAAAGGCUGCACUGAGGGGGGCGGGGUAUGAUUGCAUAUUGUAGGUUCUAGGGAAAGGUUAAGACACUUGAGGUUAAGCUGUUUACCUGAGUAUGUACUAAUGGAUAUUGGAAAGCAGAUGAAUCUUGUGUUACUUUCAUCGCUUGUACUUGUGUUUGGGUGAAUAAAGGCAAGAUGAGCCAGAUGGGGGGGCACCCUCCUUUGCCUACUAGUAGGCAAGAGCCCUCUGUCU